GAGAAAGGGACAGACAGACAGAACAGCUGGAGGGAGGAAGGGAGGAUGGGACAAAGGACAAGGAAGGAGGCGGCGGGAAGGAGGAGGAAGGGCAGGCGUAGGGAGGAAGGAGACGACGACGACGAAGACGAAGACGAAGACGAAGACGAAGACAAAGACGAAGACGACGACGACGAGGACGACGAGGACGACGACGACGAAGACGAAGACGAAGACGAAGACGAUGACGAUGACGACGACGAGGAGGAAGACGACGACGACGACGACGACGAAGACGAAGACGAAGACAAAGACGAAGACGAAGACAAAGACGAAGACGAAGAAGGAGAAGAAGACAUGGCCAUUAUUAUAAAGUGAGCUCAUUGCGAAUGCCUCCUCAAGGCUUACAUGCUGUGCGGUAGACAUUUUAUUUCAAAAGGAAGAACAGCUCAGGCCAAACUUGUAGACAAAUUUGUGGUGAAUGUGCUCAAAUGUUGCUGUCAAAUGUGUGGUUAAGCAUGCGGUCAAAAUUUUGGUCAACAGUGUGAUCAAAACGUGUUAUCAAAUGUAUGGUCGAACGUGUGCUCAGACAUGCAGUCAAACACGUGGUCAAACACGUGGUCAAACACGUGGUCAAACACGUGGUCAAACAUAUGGUCAAAUGUGUGGUCAUGACCUUCCAAUAAUAACAGACUGCAAAUUUGAUAUUUGGGAAAAAGCGAAUAACACAAAAAAUACUAAAAUACUAAAAUAGUGAACUACGUAAUGCAGGACAAAACAUACACAACAAACUUCGCGGCGUCUUCGCCUCACAAAUAUAUAGCCACACCAGAUCAUCUCCCUCCCUCUCUGGUCUCUAAUAACACCUCCACUCCUGAAACAGCUUUCUGAUCUCUCACAAUCAACAACACUAACAAAG